CCUCCCUCUUGUCCUCAAAUCAAAACCAUCUCUUCAUAUCUCUCUUUCUCUCACUUUCAAUCUCUCUUUCUCAAAAUCACUCUCUUUGAAAUUAUUUCAUAAUUAAGAAAAUCAGUUUCUAUAAAAAUGGAAAACAAUCUACCAGUAAUAUCAAAGAGAGUGUGGAGUCUGGUACGUGUUGCCUUCUUCAUGCUGAGAAAAGAAAUAUCAAAGGGUAAGAUAAUGAUGAAUUUAAACAUGAUAUUAAGACGCAGAAGCAAGCUCGCCGGAAAAGCCAUUGCCAAUUUAAUAUCCCACCAUCCCAACCAUGGUGGCUCCACCUCAAACCGCCACUCCCACAAUUCACACCAGCAAUUCACUUCCUCAAGGGAGUAUGAAUAUAGCUGUAGCAACACUCCCAACCACUUCUUCUCAAUAGGAAAGCGUCACCACAUCCACAACCAUAAGCACAAUGCUCAAGCAAGACUUACACACGACGAAGAGGUGACCACUAUGAAUGCAAUGAAGGCGGUGGUGGAGAUGCUUUACAAUGAUCAAGCAAUUGUAGAAGUGUCUCCAGGUUUCCCUUUAAGAGAUGAUGAUGAGAAGGACAAUCAAGUUGAUGAGGCAGCUGAAGCUUUCAUAAAAAGGUUUUACAGUCAAUUGAAGAAGCAAGAUUGAUUGAUUAAUAUUAAUUCAAUUUACCUUGAUUAAUGGAUAAUCAAGUUGCCAUAUUCUUCUUUUUUUUUUUGGUUAUUUUCAUGAUAUAUACCUAUUAGUAAGGGUUUUUGAUUCAUGUCAAUUAUGCAUUUGCACAUGUUUAAUUUAACAGCUGCUUAACAAUAAGGUAAUAUACCUAAAAAAAAAAGAAAGAGAAUAAAUUAAUGGAUAUAUAUACUCUCGGCCAUAAGCACCUUGCAGAAUUUUGUGUUGUAAAAAUAGUCAACAUUUUCUGUUCUUUCUUAGCGAUUAACUAAAUAUACUUUGUGCAAGUAAUAAGUGCGUUAUUUUAAUAAAGAAAACAUUAGGUAACAAAUUAUUGUAUUAUAUAUGUUUGUGUGGAGAUU